AUGAUCAAGACGGAAGUCUUGAAGCUCUUGAGCAUUUACAACCUGUUACUUUUUUCUAAAUUUCAUUCCUCCAUCUCACCUUCACUAACUGGAGUGAUUGAUUUCGCUCACGAGUCCGCUACAGGAAUCACUGACUCGCAUGAUGCUGGAGCUGUUAAAUCUACAAUAGAAUUAACCAGUGAAAGAAUACCUCAUUCUCAACCUCAACCAUGCCGUAGAAACUUGGGUGGUUGCUUUGGUGGCUUAUUUAGAGGUUCUGGAACGACCGCAAGGACUUCACAAGCUGGUAUCAGAGGAGGUGAAACUGCCGAAGGAUCUAGAGCUACAGACACUAUUGCAAGAACGAAAUCCUGGACAUUCAAAAUUUCAUCAAACUUUCGUCGAGUUCAAUCCAAACUGCUCUUUAGUUUUUUCCCUAAAACUAGAGAAAAUUGGAAUCUUGUUCAUGCGAGCUAUGAAGAGAUCCUUGCUAGUGCUAUCAGAUCGAGAUCUGGCUGGGGGGAUGAAGGAAGCUUGGCCGCAAGCCUCGCUGAUUUGAGAACCGCUCGACGUCUAUCAACAGAGGGCCUUGGAUUCAAUCCAUACGUGAGACAAUAUAUCUCGAAGACGGAGAUCCCGAAGCUGCACCAAGAUCUGGUGAAGUCGCUCGAUACGGUAUUCGAAAGUCUCCUGCGAGAUCAAGGUGGAAGACCAGACAACAUGCCAUCAAAAGUAGCGAUCAUUAACAAUCUUUUUAAAGCUGAACUUCAAGACCCGGAACUUGCACCGCUUCUCGAACCUUUUCAAAGUCGAUUGAAUCGUUUGAAUGCAGGGCACCCAACGGAGUCUACCGACCUUCCGAGGACUUUAUCUUCUGCUGAACUUCCACUCAAGCCAUCUUUUUCCAAUUUGAAGCAACUCAAAGCAGAGCCCACGCAGGCACAGGCAAUAGAUAGGUUUUGGAAAAAGAUGAGUUUUCAAUUCGAUGCCGAACGGAAUCAUGUUGAAUAUCUUAGAAAAAUACAUAGGCCUAGGCUUACAGAAUGGCGUAAUCUACGGGAUCUCACUCGAGAUUUUGAGAGUACUACCUCCUCUUCAGAAUGGUCAGCGCGAACUUUCCACCCAGAAAAAUUCACCAUACCGAAUUACCAGAAAUUAAGAAGAAUAGGUACAGCUCGCAGAGCCUUGAUCAAAGAAGCUGCUCGUGGUUCGAAAGCUAGAUACUAUGCAGAAAAAGGACUCACAGCUGACGAAAUCUUGAUCCGGCGUAAACUUGAACUUGAGACUUUAUUGAUCGAAAGUUUAGGAGAACAUCACGACGAAGCAACAGAGAUGGUACAAGAUCUUAUUACUAGGGCGCGGAGUACUACAGCACAGCCUUAUCUCCAUUACAUCUAUAACUACAAUUCUCCCGCAAUGAGAUUCGAGACAAAUCCAUCAUUCACAUUGAAUUGGCAAAGGUUUACACAACAACUACCUUUCACAAGAGGACGUGGAGAGACGCGGUCAGGCACGCCGGCGACGGCGCCAACGACUCCUCCACGUGAACUAGACUACAGUCGUUUUUCCGGUCCGAUCGACAUCGAAGAUGGCCAAAAUGUGGCAUUUCCCGAUGCAUCUUUUGUGGGAGGAAGUGCCGUUUUCGAUUACGUCGAUCCUAGUGCUCAAAGGGAAUUUGUUCAAAACGCAUUACUAAAUAGGCUUCAUGGAAAUUGA